CACCCCUCAGCACACCCCUCAGCUGCACACCCCUCAGCCUCAGCAGCAUCUUCCUCCUCCUCAACACACACAGGAGCAGCUAGCCCCUUUUGGGAAGCAGCCUCCGUUCCUGUUGCUGGACCAGCAGGAAAUGGAGCAGGAGCCAGGAACAAACCUGAAAAACCUCCUCCAGGGCAGCGGACGUAGCCCUGGAAUGAGGAACCUGAAAUUCCCUCCUUCAAUUGAAAACUACCUCCUACCUUGAUGGCAUCCAAAAAUACACAGCCCACCUCCACUCUGUAGGCAAGACCAUCACAACGGCACAUUUCUACCUGAGGAAUAUACAGCAGUUCCUCAAAUACUUCCGGGAAACCCUGCCUGCCCAGUCUCACCUGACUGCGAUGGAUGUGGUGAGCAUGCUGCGCACCGUCACAAAGUGCCUCACAGACACAACCAGGAACGUUGUCCUGCACCAGCUGGCAGUGAAAAGCCACAAGAAGGCCAGGAUAAUAUCCUGCGAGGACCUGAAGCGGUGCCAGCAGGGGGCCAAACUGAGGAUCCCAGAGCUGCUGGACGCCCUGGAGGAGAACCACACGCCGUCGCUGCGGUACCGUUUUUAUGGCUACUUUGCGGCCUUCACAGCCUCCAUUUACGGCUAUCGCCCAGCGGUACUCAGUAACCUCCGGGUUAGCGAGGUUGAGGAGGCCGCAGAGGCGCACAAGCCUGGCGACGAGGGUUUUGUGAUCUCGAUCAGGGAACACAAGACUAACAAGUGGUUUGGGGCGGCGCAGAUCUUCUUGGAGAACGAUGAGUUUCACUGGCUGGUUCGGUGGCUGCAGCUGCGGGCGGCCAGCAGGCCACCCAACCAGCUGGUCUUCUUCACGGCUGGGAGGGGCCCAUGCAAGAACUUCUUGCACCACCUGCAGGUAGCGUGGGUGGAGAUGGGCCUUAAAGGGUCCCCCAACUUCACCGACCUGAGGACCCGCUGUGUCUGCUCAUCCCAAGAACAACCUGCCUGCCGAGCAGCGGAAGAUGGUGGCCACAUUUAUGUGCCUCAGCACGGCCACAGCUGACCGCUUCUACGCCCUCAGCCUGAACGUGGCCCAGGAGAGGGCGUUAAUGGCGAGGCUGCAAAGUAGACCAGAGAAGGCCCUCAGGAUGAGCCAGUACGGCAGGCUGAUGGUGGUGCUGACUGCACUCGAGGCUCAACCCCCCCCCUGUCAAAGAAGAUUUCAGAGAGGGCGACAAGGGCAGCGUAUCGGGGGGCACAAAAAAGACUUGCAGCCCAGCAGCCCUAGACACACAGGCAUACUCACUCACUUUUUAUUAGAUGGUCUAUUUUAGUUAAGAUUCAUUUUGUUUUAUUAAAUGUUCCAUUUUAGUAGAUGUUAAGAUUCAUUUUGUUUUAUUAAAUGUUUCACUUUAGUAGAUGUUAAGAUUAAUUUUCUUUUAGUGUGUUUUCAAAUGUUCAAUUUUGAUAUGUGUUUAAUACAAGUUCCUUUUUAUUUAAAAUGACAAAACUAUAAUACUGAGCACGCUUAGCCUAAAUAUGAAGCCAGGAACACCAAAUUGGUCAGGUAUUCUCAACACAGGCCCACCUUUGAGUUUGAAAAGGUUCAAAGUAUCUGGCUUUAUUAAAAUACAUAGAUAUCCAGGGCAAUACUUAACAUAGAGUGAAUGGGAACGUCAUUUCUUUUAGGAACAGACUAUGGAGCUGGAACCAGGUUGUUUAGUAGAGCACUCUCGACUAUACAACGUAUCCAAAUUUCAUAGUCAUAACUCAUUUCAACUUUUUUUUAAUGGGGACCAGAAAACCUCACAUGUUAAUAACUUCAUUUUUCAAAACUGAAAUGAGUAUGGCAUUUGUCAUACUUAUGACAGGGAACUCAGGGUCCCCAGUGUCCCUGCUGCCAUGGCAGUUUAUUGUCCAAAGGUCAGUAGUAAACUAGCCCCAUGAUAAGAUUUGUAAAUGAUCUUUGAUCAUGAAAGUUCAGUAUGUGGUCACGCUGGCCUAGACUGGUCGCACACCCUGUGUGAAUCUCGUUCAGAUUGGAGAUAAUAAUAAUAAUAAUAAUAAUAAUAAAUUGAAUUUAUAUAGCGCUUUUCAUAGACUCAAAGUCGC